AGCCAGCUGUGCUGAGCCAAAGAGGAUGUUAGCUGACCUAGCAUUAGCUAGGUAGGAAUCUGAGUUGUGUAGUUCACGACCAUGGAACAAAGUUAGCAUUAUGACCGGUGGGAAAGUUUUAAGUUACAAACAAAAGCGGAGCUCCCUCCCUGUUGUUUUUGCUGCAGGGCGUCUGGUGGAGAGGAUGAGUUCGGGCCGGGGAGCGAGGAGGAAAGCUGGCAGGCAGCAGCCCACCGAUGUGGAGGCCUUUGACCCGGAAGUGGUUGCAGAGGUCAGAGAACUCUUCAAUAAAGUCAGGACAUACAUCAAACCGGCCAAUGGGGAGUGGUAUAUCCCUGACCCCAGCGAAGCACUGAGACACUCGGCCCAGGACCACGUCCUCCUGCAGACCCUGAAGACGUCUCUAAAUGAGGUGAAGAACCGACUUAGCGAUAAGGAUCUGGAAGUCUGGCACCAGCAUACCAAUUCCACAAACCGUGCUGGGAAGGUCAUUGCUACUGUGCGAGCUGCCGCCAAUGCCGAGAUCUGCACUCAGGCCUGGUGCAAGUUCUAUGAGAUCCUGGGCACCUUCAACCUUCUGCCAGAGGAGGCGUUGGAGAGCGGUGAGCUGAACACUGUUCACCUGUGUGAGGCUCCAGGGGCCUUCAUCACCGCUCUGAACCACUACCUCAAAACCAGCGAGCACACGCGCUACUGUGACUGGAGUUGGGCAGCCAACACACUCAACCCCUACCACGAGGCCAACGGAGGCGGCACCACCAUCACAGACGACCGCCUCAUCGCCAACACGCUGCCCUGGUGGUUCUUUGGCUCAGACAAUACAGGAGACAUCAUGAGCCAGAAGCACCUGCUGGAGCUGCAGGGCUUUGUGGGUAACAUGCGCCGUAUUGACGUGGUGACGGCGGACGGGAGCUUUGACUGCCAGGGGAACCCUGAUGAGCAGGAGGCCCUGGUGGCGUCGCUGCACUACUGCGAGGCUGCGGCCGCACUCUUCCUUCUGGGCCCAGGUGGCUCGUUUGUACUGAAGAUGUUUACUAUGUAUGAGCACUCCUCCGUCUGCCUGCUCUACCUGUUAAACUGCUGCUUCCGCUCCGUCAGCAUCUUCAAACCGGCCACCAGCAAGGCAGGGAACUCUGAGGUGUACGUUGUCUGUCUGCACUACAAUGGUAAGGAGGCUGUGAGGCCCCUGCUGUCCAAGCUGAUCCGUCACUACGGGCCGGACCUGGCUGCCCGUGAGGCCCUGUUCCCCAGCCGGCUCCUCCCACAGUCGUUCCUGGCGCAACAUGAGCAGGCGUGCUCCUACUUCCAUGCCCUGCAGACAGGGACGAUUGGGGAAAACCUGAGAUUGUUUGAGGGCCUGAAUAAGAAGCAGAGGCAACGACUGGAAUACAUCAGGGACUGCACUGCUCAUGAGUACCUGCAGCGCUUCCAGGUGAGUUCUCUGCCGCGGGCCCGCUGGUUGUCUCGUAACACAGUGGCCCCAGCGUGUUGCAGCGUUACGGGUCGGAGGCCCCUGGGCCAGAAGAAUCAGAUGGGCUCCUUUAACCAGCGGAGGGAGCUGCAGGCCCUGGGCUGGAAGGAGCGUGUUGGGAAGGGCAGCUAUGCUGCCUGGGUGGAAGGGCACUGCCCCGAGGACACGGGGGCAGGCUGUGUGCUGGCAGGGCCGCUGGAAGAAUGCCACAUGGACACCUGGUUUGUGGUAGUGGGGGCGGCCCUCCCUGCAGUCAGGAACUCACCAUUCUGUGAUGGGGGUCUGUUGAACCACCUCAAUGAAGCCUUGGAGCAGGCUGCCCUAGGCUCAGGCAUCGAUGGGUCAGCUGCCUGGACUCUGGUCCCUCCCUGUAGCUCCUGCCCAAUGGUUGGUACCACCUCCAUCCUCUCAGAGGUGGCAGCCCUAUGUGACAUCACUCCCUGCAAUGGCGAGGGAAACAGAAAGUGCCUAGUCUUUGGCAGAGCGUCGUGGUGGGGGGAUUGUGAGGAGCAGGCUGGGGGGUUGGCGCUGGAGUUCUAUUCGAAGCCCUCGUUCCCACCUACGGGCUGCACUACUCUGCAUGACGGGGAGCCGCAGUAUCAGAGAGACCUGCUGGACUGCGUCCUGCUCUCCCUGCACCGCAUGGGACCCGGCAACGCCCUCAUCCUGCCCCUCCUCUCCGCCUUCACCCGCGUAACCGCGGCAACCGUCCUUUGCCUCCACCUGUCCUUCCGCUCCGUCACCUUCAGGUGUCCUUCUCCUCCAGGUGCUGCGGGGGCGGUGCUGGUAUGUGUGGGGUUCUGUCCAGAGGCUGCCGCUCGACUCCUUCCCCACCUCAGUGACCUGCAGGAGCGUAUGGGCUGCCCUGCCAGGGAUGAGGAGGACACUGACAGUCUGCCUCUUGGUGGCCAGAGACAGCUACUGCAGUUUGUUCCCAUGGAGGAGCUGCUCAAAGGAAAGCUGGCAGAGUUCCUGUGGACCAUGAACUCUGCCAUCGCCCGUCAACGGCUGCACCUGCUCAUGCAGGCUUAGCUGGGGUCAACAGAGGGGCUCUGGGGCUCUCCGGUGUAUUGUACCAUAGCCUGGUCCGAAAACAAGCAUUGCUCCCCCUAAACUUAAUCCCAUCCGGUCCCUUCAGAUCUGUAUCACAGAAGUGGGAAGGGGGUGUUUUCAGACCUUGCAACUUUCAUUAUUUAUUAUUAUUUGUUCCCUAUUUUGAUGAAAAAUUAGAGGCAAGCAAUGCGGUAAAGGAAAUCUAUUUGAUAUCUUUGAUUGGUGCUGUGAUGAUCAGACAUUGAUCAGACAUUCAAGGCCUAACUGACUUUUUUGAACAAUGAAUCUGUUCAAAUUAGGACAACAUUUGGUCACAUUUCCCUGGGUCUCUGAACUAAUGUCUUUUUAAGACAGCACAAUGAAUCCUAUACUGCUAAUUCAAGUUAUUUGAAGUAAAAAAUGCAUUUCAUAAUAGUUUCACUAUUAAAUAAAAAAAUUAUCAUGCAGUUUGUUAGGAGUUAAAAAGUAUUUUUGUGUCAUUUUCCUGAAACUGUCUAACCAGAAGUGACUAAAUACACUAUAUGACCAAAAGUAUGUGGACACCUGCUUGUCGAACAUCUCAUUUUAAAAUCAUGGACAUUAAUAUGG